AUGGCACCACCACUGCCCAUCGCUGACAUCUACACAUCAUCCCUCGAGCUCGACGCCCGCUCAGCACAUCCUCUUCAUCAGCUGAUCGCCCGCGCCGACGACGUCAAGGCUACCUCGCGACAUGGCAUCGGAUCAACACCACCGGAGAAGAUCAACAAUGCCGGCUUCUUUGCCCUGUUUGCCAUCCUGGGUGUAGCACYCGUGGGCGUCAGUCUCUGGUUCUUCUUCUGGGCCAAGAACGGUGGCUUCCACUUUGAAGAAGGCGACUGGGACGACUACAAAUCAACCGUCCUACGCCGCAAAGGACCUGACGGCAAGACUCWCAGUAAUGCCACCAAGAGCACGAAGCUAGGCGGCGGUACCAUCGUUGGUAGCCAGCACUAUGCAUGGCAGAAGAACGCUGCGAAGAGUGUCGUGGGACGCGACGAGAAGGGCAGAAAGGGUAUUCUGGCAAAGCGUGGAUGGGCAGGAACACACAGUGUGAUGUACAGCGACGAUUACAUGACCGAGUCCUUCGCCACAGAGACUGUCAGCGACGAGAUGACGGAACUACAGCCGGACAAUACCGACUUGGAGCAGGGCCACGGGCACUCAAAGCGCUAUCGUGACCGCGAUGUGCGCCAGUACAAGAAGGAGAAGCCUGCAAGAGUGGGAGGUCUCAACCGUGUCGCCGACUCUUCGCACUACGACUACACCAACUCUGAGCGCUCGGACUUGAUGACCGAAACUGUCCUCUCCACCACUUCCGACCAACCCAUUCUACCCAAGAAGACCGAUCGACAGAGAGAGCAAGAACGCGCCGAACGUAAAGCCCGUGAGGAAGCCGCCCGCAUGGAACGUCGCUGGCGCCGGGAGGCCGRGGCGGCCGCUGCUGCUMUCGCCCACGAGUCCACCGCGACUAGAGGACCACCAGUCAAGAAGAGCGCCGUUCCAACCAAGCCAUCCCCAUCAAAGCAGCGCGAGCGCCGGGAAGCUUCCCGCAGCGCCUCACCCAAGAAGCGCGACUUCUCUUACCAGAACGGCCCAGAAAGCGAGAUCCUCAGCACCGCAUACACCGAAUCCACUGCUCCUUCUCAGCGCACUGCGAGCUACUACGAUUCUUACAGGCCCAAAGGCGAAAACAGACCGAGGCAGAGUUCGCCACGCAAGAAGCAGAGUGCUCCCACCACGCGAUCGGGCGGUUAUCGAAGAGGCAACGCCGACAGUGAUCUGGAGUGA